AGCGCGGAAACGAGCUGCUUCAGUCCUCACUGUACAUUAUGUAGCAUUUAUUCAGCACAAUGAAAAUGCUGCGUAUCCGGAGCCCGAGCUUGUCCUCUCUCACCCGGGACAUUCACUGUACUGUCCGCCUGCUGGAUGACUCCGAGAUCUCCUGCACCAUCCAGAGAGACACAAAAGGGCAGUUCCUGUUGGAUCAUGUGUGCAACCACUACAGUCUGCUGGAGAAGGAUUACUUUGGCAUCAGAUAUGUGGACCCUGAGAAACAGCGGCAAUGGUUGGACCCAAGCAAACCCGUGGUCAGGCAGAUGAAAAGUCAGCAGCCGUACACGAUGUGCUUUCGAGUAAAAUUCUACCCACAGGAACCCAUCAAGAUUAAAGAAGAAUUGACCAGAUACCUGUUGUACCUGCAGCUGAAGAGGGAUUUGUACCACGCCAGGCUCUUGUGCCCUUUCGCAGAUGCUGCCUAUCUUGGAGCCUGUAUAGUACAGGCCGAGCUUGGUGACUACGAUGCAGACGAGCAUCCUGCAGACUACAUCAGUGAUUUCAAAAUCUUCCCCAAACAGAGUCUCAAACUGGAGCGCAAGAUCAUGGAGAUCCAUCAGAAUGAGCUGAGGGGUCAGUGUCCAGCUCUGGCUGAACUGAACAUGCUUCAAAGAGCUCACACACUGGACACAUAUGGGGUAGACCCACAUCCCUGCAAGGACUUUACUGGAACAACAGCGUUUCUGGGAUUCACUGCCCGAGGCUUUGUGGUUUUUCAAGGAAACAAGAGAAUCCACUUGCUGAAAUGGUCAGAUGUCAGCAAAUUUAAGUUUGAAGGGAAAACCUUUUAUGUGAUUGGAGUACAGAGAGAGAAGAAACUGGUUUUGACGUUCCACACCUCCACACCAGCAGCCUGUAAACACCUCUGGAAAUGUGGCGUGGAAAAUCAGGCGUUUUACAAAUGUGCAAAAUCCAGUCAGAUCAAGACCGUCUCCAGCAGCAAUAUAUUUUUUAAAGGCACCAGAUUUCGCUACAGUGGUCGUGUUGCUAAAGAGGUGGCUGAAGCCAGUUCAAAGAUCCAAAGAGAGCCGCCAGUCGUUCACAGGUGUCAGUUGGGUCAGAGCAGAAGUUACAGCUCGCUCAGCCAUAAACAUCUCAUAAUGAACAUGGAGCCUCUUCUACCGGCGCUCAGCACAGACCAGGAAUACAGAGAUGUCUCCGCAGAUAGUGGUCUCCUGGCACUGAAAGACUCGGUCCACUUGUCUCCACUAAAGACGUCUUUGACACCAGGGGACACAGUGCUAGAGGAGAGGGAGGAUGAGGAGACAGAAGAGGAUGAGUCAGCCAUUUCUGAUACUUGUUUGAAGGAAAUGAACAAGCAGAAGCCUCAAACUGAUGAGCAAGAUGGCUCCCUUACCAUCUCUGACACGGCGUAUAGCCCGUGUGUCAGCGCAAUGCCCACGCCGAUGGAGGAAUUGCGCAGGGGUGUCGAUUUUCUGUUUCAAAGCCCAGGCCACUUGCUUAAAGAACUCCAUGAUGAUCCAGAAAUGCAGGCCGAGCUUCGGGCAGAAAGCGAACGAGAACUGGCCCAGGAGGCCGCCCGCCUGUCACUGUGCAGCCAAUCAAACAGCAGGCCACAGAUACGGGCUUUCCUCAACAGCGCUGCCCGUCUUGUGGCAGUAGCUUUAGUCCUCUUGCUUCUCUUAUUGGUUCUCUUGCUGGUUCUUCUGGAGUCCAACCUGGAAGUGUCCUUCCUUCAAGAUAUCCGACAGACGCCGGAGUUCGAGCAGUUUCACUACGAAUACUACUGCCCGCUGCGACGCUGGCUCUGCUACAAACUUGUGUUUCUGAGGGAGCAUCUGUGGGGAGACUGAGUGUCAUGGAGAACAGCUAGCAGCUAACAAGCCCUUCUUCAGCAGGGAUGAACUAAUGGGACACGGGGAGGGGAGGACUGCGCAGGAAGGAAGGUUUGAUCUCAUACAUCAUACACACUACGACUGGAUUUACCUUCAGCUGUUAGUCUACACAAAGCCCUGAAUUUUAGACAAGCUGCAAGUUCAGAACUUUUAUUGAGUUAAAAACAAUUUCAUUGUAGCGGUAAAUGAGUAGCAAAGAAUUAGCAGCUUUUUUGUGUAAUCAGGGUAAAAUA